AUGUUAUCAUUCGGGAAGGUCCAAUGUGGUUCCGAAACUGUUUCCAAGAGGAAGAGUCGCGCGCACCUCACACCGCCUCAACAGACAGCUCGACACAGAAAACAGACACUCAUGGCCAAACUGAGUGACUCUGGUUUUGAAGAGGAUUUGAUUUCCUCUCCUGCUCGGAGGAAAGUGUCUCUCGUUGACUCAGACGAAGCAGAACCUGCAGCUGGACAGCUGUCCAACUGGUACCUUCAGUAUGGAGACGUCGGUUUCAAGAUCCAGAGAGAGCAAGAGGCGCAGUUUCACCCCUGCAGCAGUCUGGCACAGCAGCCACAACUGACUGCAGAAGCUCGCUGUAAGCUGGUCAGCUGGCUCAUCCCCGUCCACAAACACUUCCGCCUGUCCUUUGAGUGCUGCUGCCUGACUGUGAACAUCAUGGACCGGUUCCUGGCGUCCACUCCGGUUGCUGCUGACUGCUUCCAGCUCCUUGGUGUCACUGCACUCCUCUUAGCCUGCAAACAGGUGGAGGUGUGCUCUCCAUCAGUCAGCCGCCUGCUGUCGUUGUGCUGUGACGCUUUUACUAAGGAGCAGCUUUGCAACCUGGAGUGCCUUGUCCUCCUCCGCCUGAACUUCCGCCUCGCUGCACCCACCCUGGCCUUUUUCCUGGACUAUUUCACCAACUGCAUUGGUGCUGCUUGCCUUACAGUUCUCCAGAACAGUAACAAUGACAGUUGUUUAAAAGUGAAUCUGGGACAGUGCAGGAAAUUUGCACAAAAAGUGUGUGAGCUGACACUGGCAGACUACGCUUUUAAUAAAUACCCUCCAUCUCUGACUGCUGGCUGUGCUCUGGGACUCGCCUGUGAGGUACUGAGAACUGAUGCCGAACAGCUGCAGAACCAAGACAGUUUCAGAGACGAACUACGCUCACAAUCACUUUCUGUCCAAUCACACAAAAACUGUUCUGAAGGUGAUUCUUUGGCAGCGAUGGACUACUUCCUGUCUCCAAGUCAGGAAAGUUACAACUGCACUCUAAUGCAGGAAUGCAAAGACAACCUGAAGCUGUUGGUGUCUCUAAACCAGGAGACUCUUGAAGUGAUGGCAACCAUGUAA